AUGCAACAAGAGAAGCAUGCACCGAACUCGCCAUGGCGACAUCGGCGGUUUCCACCCGAUGCUUCUUCCGAAUUAUUUCGGGACGAUCAACUUCGGCAGCCAGUGCUCUCGCACGAUUGGUGGAAGAGUCGGGUCGAUUUCAAUGCCUUCAUCAACUCAAUGGACGACAAGUCUUUUGGAUAUCUGUGUUUGAUACGCGAAUAUGCGACACGCGCUCUGCAGGGUAAAGCUGCAGAAUACAGUGGGCUAUACAAGGCCAUUGUGUCUCAAACGGCUCAAGAAGAAGACAUGUCUCGUAUGUCGGUCACCGAAUUCGAGGCUGACGGGCUACGCUCGAGGACUUUUCUAACUUUUGACGACUUUUUGCUCUAUAUGCGUAAAUCUUUCGAAGAAGGAGAGACGUCUUCGAGACACUUGUUCGUAUUGGAAGACAUGCCUGUGCGGUAUAUUUGUCUUCUAGGGUCAAGACUACGCAUCCAUCCUACGGUUUUUGCACACCAUUAUAGCACCGAGGAAAGUAGCACCCUAUCAGACAACAUCAUUGGUCUUCCUUCUGUCGUCCAGACUAGUACGGAGAACGGCCUAGACUACGAGAGCAACGAUGAACAGCUUCAUAAGCCAUAUAAGAGACGAAGUUUCACGCUGAGGUAUCCCAUCGUCAUGCCACGAGUGUCUUCAAAGCAAAAUCCCGACCCAGUUAGAUGCCCACCAUGGCUCAAGCCUAACGACAGACUCAGAGACUAA